UGUGUGUGUGUGUGUGUGUGUGUGUGACUCACUUCAGCUUAUUGAGGCUAGCUAAACCGCAGAGCUUUUCUCAUCUGCAUGAGAGCUCAACGCGCUGUUCCAAACCAGCUUUAUUUCAGCAUUUGUUUCUAUUUUUCCUUCCUGCUUGAUAUUAAUAUCCUGAUGUCGGGUUCGUUUCACGGCUUCCUGUCAUUUUCCUGAGUUAAAGGGGAGAAAAAAGGAAACUCAUAAAGGCACUUUUUUAGUCUGAACCAAGUCUCUGACCUGCAGUAGGUGAAGUUUAGCUCAGGUCGAAACAAGAAAUGUCAUGGAGUCUCUACGGAAAUAAAACUCCACACUGACAAAACAUGGGGGACAAUGUAGACGUCAAGGCCCUGAGGGCCAAGUUUCAUGCUCAGGCAGAUAGGCCCAUCUCUAGUGGUGGAGCUUAUGCCAGACCUCACAUUGCUGGACAAUUCCCAGCGCCGUUGGACAACGGACUGCCCCGACUCAAGCCGGCACCGAAGCCAGUGCUUCCAGGAAACCCCAGCACUGAAUCUCCCAAGAGAUUUAAUCCGAUUCCUCAAGGAGUGUUUCCCAAACCCCCACCAUCUCACCGAAUACCUAAAGAGGAUCCUGUAGUGCCUGUGAAUGACUUUGAGAAUGCGGCGAGAGUAAAAAUGACUGGGGAGCUUCUCCAGAACAGGAUGCUGCAACACCUUGAGAAGAAGCCACAGUCAUUUUCCAGAUCAAUACUGCCAAGCCAAAGGAGCAUGUCAGAGGUGAUUCCUCUGAGGAAACCACUUCCCAAUGCUGGGCAACGGCCUACAAAGCCCAAACGACCCCCAUAUGUCAGCCUGGAUCGUUUUUGUGCCAAGGGUCUAGUCAUUCAAUCCACAGUCCCGCUUGAUACUAAAACACUUGAAGGCCCACCACGACCGCCAAAGUCAACUUUCAUGUCUGCAACACAACCCAUUACACAGAGAAGCAUAGAGCCUGAACAGGACACGUACGAUGACAUCGACUUGCCCCCACCUCCACCUCCUCCUCCAAAACCUUCUUCCAGCGAAUCGUGGACAAGCAGUUUCUCAUCUCAGGCUGAUGAGGAUAGUGAUACCAGUGAAAUUUAUGAACAUAUCGAAGAGCAGGAGGAAAUUACACAGAGAAGAGAUUUCUCAGGCAAGAAGAAACAAAAAGAGCACAAACGACAACAAGAAUUGGAAAAGCGAGAGCAGAAAGAGAGGCUGAAAAAAGAAAACGAGUACCGGAAAAAAUUCAAACUGACAGGAGAAGUGGAGGUGCUCCACACAGCGCGGGUGAGGGAGGACUGGCAAGGUGGGAAGAACGAUCUGCGUGUGCGUCAGGGAGAGAGUGUAGACAUCGUGCGUGUGAAGAACAACCCAGAGGGAAGAUGGCUGGCUCGAAACAUGAACGGGGAAUAUGGGUAUGUCAGUAACAUAUGUGUAGAUGUAGAUUAUGAAGAAAUAAAGCGAAAGGCUCGCAGUUCAGCCCCUCCUCCCCUUCCUCCUCCUGUCCACGAGGACGAGGACGUGUACGACGAUGUCGGCGGAGACACACUCAGCAGCAGCCUAAAUGUGAGCAGUGAGGUAUAUGAUGAUGUUGAUCAUGUCAUACCAGAUGACUUCCCCCUGCCCCCGCCGGAGAUUUGCCAAGUCCCUAAAAAAAGCAAGAAGCCAGAGAAGGAGGAAAAGGAGUUCAGAAAAAAGUUUAAGUAUGAAGGUCCCAUCAAAGUUCUUGUCUGCAUGAUGGUGGAUCCAAAUGCCAACAUUAAGAAGGCCAGUGGGAAGGACCUGAGUGUCGUCAGAGGAGAGAUUCUCGAAGUCAUUCAGGAGACUAAUGAGAAGAAAGUACUCUGUCGGAACGAACAAGGCAAAUAUGGAUAUGUUCCCAGACAUUACCUCCUACAUGAGGAAAAUGAAAUAUAUGAUGACAUUGAGAACAUGACAGUGACAGAUGUUUAUGAUAAUGAUGCCAGUGGACCAGCACUGCUGCGGUCUUGAUGGAUGUAAAAGAGGACCUGAUGACACCAGCAUGUGCGUCUUGGGAACACAAGGACAGGACAGAAGAUCAGGAGAAUCAUUCAAGAAAACUUGUACAUUGAUGAAAUAAAUACAUGUUUACUAAGCUGUAAUAUUUUACAUUUUUACAUUUUAUAGUAAUACAAAUUAGCAAUUAAUUAAUACCGGUCAGCUAUUACAUGCAGAAUGCAUAUAUUCAUAUAAACAACUCACAAAUGCCCUAUUUUAAUAGCAUGGAAAACAUGCUAUUUGUGUCUGUCACUUGGGGCCUUAUAAAAUGAAACUUUAUGGAUGAGAUAGCAAAUGUUAAUUGGUUAACACUGAACAAAAGAGUUUGACUGCUACUGUAAAUAUACAUCAGUAAAAUCCAAUGCAGUAUUCUGAAUGAAAAGUGGUCUACCUCUUUUUACUCCUUUCUUCAUUACUGGAAAGUCCGGCCUUCUUCCAUUAAUUACCAUUCGAUGUGAACUAUAGGUCACUUUCUGGAUGGAACUGAGACAAGUGUAACUUUAGGACAUUUGCAGAUUUUUUUAGAGGAAUUUAUUUAUAGAUCUAGCACAGUUCUGAGAAGUUUUGAUUGUAGAAAACAUUAUAGCAUUUUGAGCGAUUCGCAUCCUCAAUAAAGCACGAUUUCAGCGCUA